UCCCUCCCCACUGGGUCUCAGCCCCAUGGGACCCCUGGAGGGGUCGUAUCUUCCAAGUCUCUGGACUGGCAACAGGGGAAAUGAAGCUUAUCUUGGAAUUUGGUGCUGUCGGUCCAAGUCUGACUUCUGCCAGCCUCUGUCCAGUUUUCCUGGCAGUGUUUGUGAAAUGGGUGAGGUAGAAAUGAAGAAGAGAGGCCUUCCUGCAGAAACUAGUUCUGAAAUUUCUCACGAAGACUCUCCAAAGAUCCUGACUUCAGAUUUCCUUUCAGAACUCCAGAUCAAUGAUCUGCUAAAUGAAAACAUACAUGGGGUUCAAAAAAAACUGGAAGGGUUUUUGAAUUUCCAAAAACUUCCUACUUCACUAAAGGAAGCCAUUCUGCUGGAUUAUUACACGGCUGGAUUCUGGUGGGCCAAAGGCAAGAACUUCUCCGUCCCCCAACUGUCCAAAUUUAUGGCUCUACUGGACAAGUUGCUACAUAACCUCCAGACCCUACAUGCGUCGCUGGAAGACAGCAUAAAGUUUCUGGGGGAAGUAAUGGCUGAAAUUGGACCGAAUACCAUAGAAAAGCCCUAUAUGAAUGUCUUUAAUGUACAACAAGCCAACGAGAUCAUUGAUUACCUAAAGAUGAGCUUAUUUCAACACUAUAAGCUGUAUGAAUUUCUCUUCUUCUCUCCCAGGGAUGAAAUUGUGAUAGGAACGGAGCUUUUUAGGGAGCCCUGUUCGCCCCAGCAGGCUGGCCGGCCUUUCCUAGGCAAGCAGGGCUCUCCCUAGGUGGCUGGCUCCAUGCCAGGGUGAGUGGCCACCACCAGGUACCUGCCCAUGUAAGCGACCUUGUGGAUUUUGCACCUGUACCUGCUCCCAAACUGGAUGUACUUACUAAGUGCAAUAGAAUAAGCCAGAGUACACGAGUGUGUUUGCACAUGCUCACACAAAAACCUCAGAAAACAAUAGCAUCUCCACUAAUGGGUUUUUUUUAAGUUCUUAUUUAGAACAGGAGUCAGCUCCUCUUACUUGGUGGUAAAUUGAAACGUGAAUACUCAUGAGUGGAUGAGAGGGGAAAGAUCAAGUUACUCCUGAGCUGGGGUUGGGGGACCAGAGUUCAAAUCUGAGUUUCCAUUACAAAUUAAAAUCAUUUUUCUGAUCUUUUUCCAGAUACCUCUACCUAUUAAUGCAUAAGGGAAUAUAUAUUAUCCCAACUUGCUAUGCCUUGGCACCAGGCUUAGAAAAACUAUACCAAAAUGGUACCAUUGGGAGGCAUUCUGGUGUUAUGGAAAGGGCAUGGGAUUUGGAGGUAGAGGACCAAGGUUGUAACUGUGGUUCUGGCACUUACAACCUAUGAGACCUUGGAUAAAUCACUUAACUUCUCCUCCUUGGACUAGAUAACCUCUAAGGUCCCUUCCAGCUCUACAUCUGGGAUCCCAUGUUCAUUUCAGCUCUCUAGGCCCUGACUCCUUCUGUUGGAGGAGGAAACUAGAUCAGAUGACCUCUGAAGCCCCUUCCAGCUCUGAACCUAUGUGCUGAGAAUCCUGUUCUGUGCUGGAUCAGGAGAGAGGCCACAUCAUCGCUACCCACAUGUCCCUUGGCUCAGUUGGGAAUAGUCUUUUAUUUUGACUCAAUGUCACCUUGGUUUUAAUAUUUAAAAUUCUCCUUAUUGUAUGAGGGUCAUCUUUAAAAAAAAAACAAGUCAGCACUGUAGGGGGGUCAGUUUAUAGAAUUCUUUUGCUAGAACCUACUCAGUUCUAGAUUUUUCAUCACUCAAUGAUGAAUCAAUAUGUGUACGUUCCUUCAUGGACUAGGCCUGGUGGAGAAACCACGGAUCUUAGUUUUGUUUUGUUUUGUUUCAUUUGUUUUUGUUUUGUUUUUCGUUUUUGUUUUUUACUGGGGACAUCAAAAGCUCAUUGCUCUUCAAACAGACAUGCUCGUGUGUCCCAAGUAUCCCCCAUCCAUCAUGGCAGAGGCAAGAUCUGCAGAUUAUGCCUUCCCGAUGUCAGGCCUGUGAAUUAAAGCUUUGUUGCAACUCAGCAUUCUUUACAAUUAUUCCCACCGUUCCCAGACUAUAAAUCAUGGCUUCUGGGCAGACAAUCAGUGGUUUCCAUCUACUGUUUGAAGGCACCCAUGUUUGGUCUUAAUUGUGCUGUCCAGUCCUGCACCCAGGACAGUGGGACAUGACCAGUCCGGAUAGCCUGGGAAAUAAAUUUCACUGUCACAGGCAGGGCCUAUUUAAGGCCUAUUCUAUAAACCCUCUGUCUACAUAGCUCUUGGGUAU